AUGGCGAAACAGCAACGUUCUCUUAGAUCGGAUGGAUAUGGAGGUCAUGGAACUACAUCGAGGUCAUCUGAAGCUUCCGAUAGUUCACUAAGCCUUCAAUCUUCUGAUCAUCCAGGUUUAAUGAUUGUCGCACACACUCUUGAUGGAACGAAUUACAAUAGCUGGUCUAUAGCGAUGAGGUUUAGUCUAGACGCUAAAAUCAAGCUUAGUUUCAUCGAUGGAUCUUUACCUAGGCCAAGCGAGAAUGAUUACGAUUUCAAGAUCUGGAGUAUAUGCAAUAGCAUGGUGAAAUCAUGGAUCCUAAACGUUGUGAGUAAGGAGAUCUACGAUAGUAUAUUGUAUUAUCAAGAUGCUGUUGAGAUGUGGAAUGAUUUGUUCACGAGAUUCAAAGUGAACAAUCUACCAAGGAGGUAUCAGCUUGAACAGGCGUUGAUGACUCUUAGGCAAGGUCAACUUGAUUUAUCGAGCUACUUCAUGAAGAAGAAGACAUUGUGGGAACAACUAGAAAACACAAAGUCAAGAACAGUGAAGAGAUGUGAUUGUGACCAAGUCAAAGAGUUACUUGAAGAAGCUGAAACAAGUCGAAUCAUCCAGUUUCUUAUGGGGUUAAGUGAUGAUUUUAGUAAUAUCAGGAGUCAGAUAUUGAACAUGAAGCCUCGACCAGGAUUGAAUGAGAUCUACAAUAUAUUAGAUCAAGAUGAGAGUCAGAGAGUAGUAGGGGUGACUUCAAGACCAAUCUCAAACCCCACUGCUUUCCAGUCUCAAGCUAUGAUCCCGGAUCAGAAUUCGAUUUUGCUAGCUCAAAGAAAUUUUCAAAAGCCUAAGUGUUCACAUUGCUCCCGUAUUGGACAUACCGCGGAUAAGUGUUACAAAAUCCAUGGGUAUCCUCCGGGACAUCCACGUGCAAAGAAGAACAAUUAUGUGGGAAGCACAAACCUUGCUAGUACUGGUCAGAUAGAGGAAGUCAAAGAUCAAUCUAAGGAGAAUAUCAAUGAGGAUAUGUCAAAGGAACAUCUUCAACAGAUGAUCUCUUAUUUGAGCACCAAACUUCAGUCUUCAUGCGUCAGUUCAUGCCCAGAGAAAGCCAUAGCUUCGACUUCUGCCUCCGUACCAACUAUCUCACAGAUAUCUGGUACAUUUCUUUCUUUAUAUGAUCUUACUUUCUAUGACAUGUUAACUUCUUCUAUACCUCAUGAAACUGAGUUGUCUUUUAGAGUUUGGGUCAUAGAUUCAGGAGCUAAUCACCAUGUUAUACAUGAAAGGGGUCUUUAUAGAGAUUAUAGAUCUUUAGAUAAAACCUUUGUUAGGUUACUGAAUGGUCAAACAGUCAAGAUAGAGGGUACUGGCUACAUUCAACUUACGGAUUUAUUGGCCUUGCAUAAUGUGUUGCAUAUAUCUGAGUUUAAAUUCAAUUUAUUGAGUGUUAGUGUUGUCACUAAAUCUUUGAAAUCUAAAGUGAGCUUUACUUCUGAUGAAUGCAUAAUACAAGCUCUUACUCAGGACCUAAUGAUUGGGAAAGGUAGUCAAGUCGCAAAUCUAUAUGUUUUGAGUCAAGAUAAAUCGCUGGUUAAUAUGUCUUGUUCUGCAUCUCAAGGAGUUCCUAUAGAGUACUGGUGUGAUUGUGUUCUCACGACUGUUUUUCUGAUCAAUAGAUUACCUUCUCCAAUUUUAGGUAAUAAGACACCUUAUGAACGUUUAACCUCUAAUAUUCCAGAUUAUCAUAGUCUUAAGGCUUUUGGAUGUCUUUGUUACUGUUCUACCUCUCCCAAAUCUAGGACUAAGUCUGAACCUAGAGCUAAAGCAUGUAUAUUUUUAGGAUAUUCCUUAGGUUAUAAAGGUUACAAGCUAUUAGAUAUAGAGACAUACUCAGUUUCAAUUUCUAGACAUGUCAUUUUUUAUGAGGAUAUCUUUCCUUUUGCAUCAUCCACUAUCUCGGAUGAUGCAAAGACUUUCUUUCCUCAUAUUACUCUCCCUGCACAAAUCACUGAUGAUCCAUUGCCUCGAGUGCAAUCAUCUUCUGAUGCUCCUCACCAUCAUGAUGAGACAUCAUCCAUGGUUUCUGUUCCUUUCGAACUUAAACCAACCCGACAGAGAAAACUGCCUUCCCAUUUGCAGGAUUUUCAUUGUUAUAAUAAUAAUACUCUUACUAUACAUACACCACAAAAGACUUCUCCUUAUCCACUUGAAAACUAUAUUUCUUAUUCAUAUCUAUCUCAACAUUUCUGUGCUUUCAUUGAUAUCAUUACAAAGUCGAACAUACCAACUCGAUAUUCAGAAGUGCGGCUGGACAAGGUAUGGGUUGAUGCAUUAGGGAAGGAGAUUGGUGCUUUUAUAAGGACUGAAACUUGGACUGUUGGUGAUCUACCUCCUGGUAAGGUUCUUGUAGGUUGUAAAUGGGUGUUUACGAUCAAGUAUCAUGCUGAUGGAAGUGUAGAACGAUACAAGGCAAGACUAGUAGCUAAAGGAUAUACUCAACGAGAGGGAGUUGAUUUCACUGAAACUUAUUCUCCGGUUGCAUAA